AUGGCCCGGCCCGCCGGCCCCGGCGCGUCACCUCCGCCUCCGCUUCCCGCCGCCACUCCGGCCGCGCCGCCGCAUCGUCCGCCCGAAGCCCGGAGCCCGCCCCGGGACCCCUGGGCGCGGGGCGGGGCCGGCGCCGGGCCGGGGUCGCUCUGCGGGCCACGCGCGGUCCGGGGGCCGCGGCGCUCCGCUCGGUGGCGCGCGCGGCGGAGGAAUGUGCGCUCGGAGGCGCCGGGCCGCGUCCCCUCCUCCCUGCGGCUGUGCGGGGGGCGGAGGGACUCCUUUGUGGGGGCAGGAAUGCGAGGAAGGAGACGGCGCUGCGGCCUCUGGAAUGUGGGGGGAGUGGCGGCGGCGGAGCCGCGGUGUCCGCGCUUCGCCGCGAGCUCGGAGGGGCGCGGAGCCUGGGCUGGGCCGCCGGGGCGUGCGGCUUGGAGCUGGCGCUCGAGUGGCGGAGCGGCCAGCUGUGGCGCCGCGGGGCGGGGGUUGGGGCGGCCCGGGCUCCGUUGUGCGCCCCGACCGUCGGGCCUCUGGAAAGAUCCCGUAUCCCCGCGGGCUGAGCUGGAGGCGGCUCCCCCAGUCCCGGCCAGCGAAAUAUGA